CAGAGAAUAUUCCUCUCUUUGGAAAACAAAAUAAAAAUUAAAAUAAAGAAACCGAAAGAUAGGGAAAUCCAGCAAAGCCACAGAAAAUUAAAAAAACAGCUAAUUCCUAUCUUUCAAUGUAUCUUCAGACUUAAGACUUUUGACCACAAAAAAUCUCUUUACAUGCUCAACACACACGUCUUUGUGACUUAAUAUAAAUACACAACACACACGAACACGAAUCUUUAAGCUUCACAGAUUCUAAAAACAUCUCUAAAAAUCUAAACUUUAACCUUUUUUCUCGGAACACCACAAAUCUCAUUUUUAGCUUUUUCCGAUUCCAAAUCUUUUUGCUUAUUUAGUCUUCUUCAAGAACUCGAUUUCUUUCGCGUUUAUGUCGACGACGAUGAAGAGACAGGGCUGCAGCUCAGAUUCCGGUGAUCUACGGCGGCAGCCCAGUCGUCUACUAAAACGACCCCCGGCGUUAAAAAUCGUUCCGGCGACUCCGGCGGCGAAUAACUGGAAUACGGCUAUACCUCUCCUCUCGCCGUUAGCUCUUUCUCCCGAAUCAUCACCGGUAGACCAACCACCGGUUGAGAAAAAUCAGUCGACGGCGGUGGCGGUUGAGAAAACGCCGGUUUUCAAGAAAUGGCAACAUCCCGCGGCGCCGUUUUAUUACGAGUCAUCGACGUUUGUUCCACCGUUUGUUCCGGUUUAGUAUUGGUUUAGAGAUCCAACGGUUCAAAAGUACAGUUUGUUUGUUUUUUGAUUCUAUGUAGAUCUAACGGCCCAGAAAACGCGUUUUGUGCGUUUCUACUAUUUUGUGGUUGGAACAAACUCGAUUUUCGUAAAGAAUUUAAUAAAUCAAAAGAUUAUUAAAUUAAUAAGCAUGUUUCUGUUACUGUUUUUAUAUGGUCCGAAAUGUAAAAGCUAAAGUCCAAUUUAGUUAUUGUGGAUGUUUAUGUAUAUAGUGUAACGUUGUGAAAUGUGUGAACACAAGAUUAAUGUAGCCAAAAAUGAAAUACAUUAUUCAUUAAAAUCUCUACAAAUUAAUAAUGUUGAG